UGGGAAUAUAUAAAAUCACUUUUGAGAUUGUUUUAUAACCUGCACAUUGUGCAAUCCAACUAGAAAUUGGAUGGCUAAAAAAAACAAAUAAUGAAUGUAUAUUAAUGAAAACAACUGAUGUUAGUUUAAAAAAAAUAAAGAAAAAAUAUCUCAGAUCCCGUAAGAGGAUUUGAAUGCAUUGAAAUGGAAUAUUGAUAUGGCCUGAUAAUGAUCUGCUUGCUUCACACGUGGCUGAAAGGGAGGCAAGUGUGUGUGUGUGUGUGUGUGUUUUAAAGCGACACGUAUAUGGCCAAAUCGACGAGCAGUGAUGAUGUCAACGGAUGUGAAAAGGUGCUUCAUCCAUGGCAAAAAAAAAAAAAGAAAUCUAAAAGAAAAUAACACACAAUAACACGCACACUAAAUAAACACUUGCCACACAAUGAAAACAAGCAGGGAGUCACUAUCCAUAGCACAACCUCCACUUACGCGACAACAACACAACAAGAGCAAACACUGAACAGGAGAGUAAAACAAAUGCUGCAAAUAUUAAGGCGGAACUAAUACUUUAGUGCAUUUUGUUGUAAACCCCAGCACAAAGUUACCAUCAACCUAACAAGAAUCAGUCAGAACCACGAAACAAUUUACUACGCACUAUAAAGGAAAUACUUCUGGUCAAAAGUUGGUUUUAGCCAACUUGACGAAUUAUGAUAGAAGCCUGUCCGACCCGGCGUUCGUGUGCGCUUGAGUUGAUUGCAUGCGUCGAGCUAACAUUAGUUCACCUUAGCACAAGACAAAACAAAGCUAGCCCCAAACAGUUACCUUAACAUAGAAGAUGUUUAGCUACGGUUAUGGUCAGGCUUUAGACGACAAUGAAAUGAGUCUCCCUCUUUAUGUCGCUGGUGGGUUUCACCCCCGGGUGGUCACAUUAGGGUUGUUGUUGUUGUUGGCGGUGAACGACCAUCCUGUAUACCAACUGGUUGUUCACCUGCCUCAUGGCAAAACAGCUCGUUAAUGAGACAAUAUUUGGGUUAGAGCACGUUCCAAACAGGUAGCCCGGGGGCCAGGUGUGGCCCACCACAUCAUUUUAUGUGGCCCGCAAAAGCAAAUAAAAAUUGCCAAUUGUGUGCAAUUGUAAUAACUUUGAGAUUCUGCAAGAAUUAUUAUGAUUUAUUUUUUUGUUACCAAUCUGACCAACCAAUUUGAUGAUGAAAUCAUGGAUUAAAAAAAGCAAUAUAAAGCACAGGCCAGAGAACUAAAGUUGAAAAUAAUUGUAUUUCAUUUUUAUUAUAUUUUUUUACUCUUCAUAAUGCAGUUGAGGCUCUGCCCCCCCCUAACCACACAUCACUGAAAUAAGGUUUAAAGGUUUAAAGUCUGCGUAUCGCGGAGGAUGUCAGGUUGUAUUGAUGGAAUUCAGUUAUUAGAUUCGGAUCAUUAUCAGCGUGACUUUGACUUGGACUCGUGUGGCCUCCAUUUCCAACGUGCAACCUCCCCGCCAGCCUUAAGAUGGCAGCAUGCUCCCGCACAUGCUCUCAAAGAGUUACACCUGAUGCUGUCUGUGUACAUUACAGGCGUUAAGAGGACCUGUUCAAGACACAACACAGCCCGUUGGAUUGUGGUUAUUAUUCUGCACAACAGCCAAGGCGCAGCCACCUGUAGCUGACGAUUCCGUGUAGGAACGUCUGCUUGGCUUGGAUUCCAGCUGCGAGUCAAAUCCACAAGGACAGCGUAAUGACAUCGGCACCCGUUCACCGGAUCCUACGACCGCUUCUUCUGGGCACCGUCAUCCUAGGAUGCUUCGUGACUCUCUUUUUGAUGUACUUUAAGCCAUCCACCGGCUGGCUGUCAGGUCCUGUGGACUCCACUGCGUCCAGCGAGCGCGUCAAGGGAGUCUUCUACGCCAAGAGCGACCGCAACGUGACCACGGUGCUCAUCUGGCUCUGGCCCUUCGGACAGACGUACGACCUCAACGUGUGCGGCUCGCUGUUCAACAUCGAAGGCUGUUUCGUCACGGCCGACCGUAACCUCUACAACAAGUCGGACGGCGUCCUCAUCCACCAUCGUGACAUCUGUUCCGACUUGUCCAACCUGCCGCCGCUCCAGCGUCCGUCCUUCCAGAAGUGGAUCUGGAUGAACCUGGAGUCGCCGUCGCACUCGUCCCAGCUGGCUGGCAUCGAGAACAUCUUCAACCUGACGCUCAACUACCGCCGCGACGCCGACAUCGAAGUGCCUUACGGCUCCGUGGUUUCCACCGGGGGCGAGGACGACUUCGUCCCGCCCAGCAAGAACAAGCUGAUCUGCUGGAUCGUGAGCAACUGGAACCAAGAGCACGUGCGUGUCAAGUACUACAACGAGCUGUACAAGCACAUCGAAGUGCACGCGUACGGCCAGGCGUUCGGCGAGUACAUCGCGGACCAGGACUACUUCCCCACCAUCGCCAGCUGCAAGUUCUACCUGGCGUUCGAGAACUCCAUCCACAAGGACUACAUCACCGAGAAGUUCUACAACCCGCUGGCCGUGGGCACCGUACCCGUGGUGCUGGGCCCGUCGCGGCAGAACUACGAGAACUUCGUCCAGGGGGACGCCUUCGUCCACGUGGAUGACUUUGCGUCGCCUAAGGAGCUGGCCGACUACCUGCUGCUACUGGACAAGAACGAGGAGAUGUAUCUAAGAUACUUUGAGUGGCGGCGGCACUUUAAGGUGAAGAAGGCGCUGUUCUGGGCGGAGCACACGUGCCUGGCCUGCGACUACCUGCGCAGGCACAGGGAGUACAAGACGGUCAAGAACCUGGACAAGUGGUUCUGGGGCUGAGCCAGUUUGUGUCACCGAUGAAGGCUUUAUGACUUUAAUUCAUCAGACUUGCCAAAAUCCUUCCCCCGAGCUUGCGCAUUUGGUUUUUACAUUGAUUCAGUGACCAAUUUUUUUUUAACCUGUGCCAAUUUUUGAUAAGCCUUAUUUUUACAUUUCUCCUGUCCCCCGCAAAGCGAUGCCUAUGAACACAUUCGACAGCGUUUCUUAUCAGCGAUCAGCGAUCCUUCUACUUUUUGGAUUUUGAAAGACAUCAAAUUCAGAAUACACAGAAUAAUUAUAUCUAAUGGAGAAUUCCUGGAAAAAAGAAAAAAACUCCCAGCAGCUACGAAUGAGCCCUCAUAGCCCCUUUUUCAUGGCAAAUCCUCAAAGACUCUGCCCACGUUAGAUAGCAUAGGCCCCAAAAGAAAAAAAGAAAAAGAAAAAAAUGGCCAAAGUCCUGGUAUAGUUUUUUAAAGUAUGAGCCUUGGAAAUUCACCCAAACUUGCUGCUUCAAACCAAUUUCCAGCAUCUGUCCUUGACACAACUCUUGUCCCCGCGAAGUCUUACUUAUUAACAGAUUCAACAAUGUUUCUUAUCGGCAAUUCUCACAUAUUUGGACCAAUGCCGAUUUUGAAUGACACCCAAGUCCAAAUUUUGUGCCAGUUGGUGAAACUAGUGUCAAGGGCUCAUUUUUUUUUUCAACUUUUCAGGGGUUGCUGCUGAGUGAGUUUUGGGCGAUUGAGUGUGGGGCCACUCAAAUACGUAAAUUAUGAUCAGAAUACAUAAACUUGCCUGAAUUGGUGAGUUUUUUUUUUUUUUUUUUGGGGGGGGGCUACAUUUAAGCCCUUUUUAGUACAUUUCUCACAUUGGAUGGUACAGGUGUGUCUAACGUUGUGGCUGCUGAGUGCGUACUGUACAUUCACGUGAACGAAAUAUGAACGACUUUUUUUUUUUUUUUUGCACCGGAAAGAUCCCUUUACCUCAAUGAUCAAAUUGGGCCCAACUGACCGUACAAAUGUGCGCCACUUUAAGAUUUGGGAUCAUAAAUGUUGAAAAGCUUUAACAUUUGCAACUGUUGUCCAUGACCGUUUUCCAAGCAGAUCAGGGGGAGGAACCAUCACUUCACGCAUUCCACACCACAGGCAAUCAUUAAAGAUCAUCUUUCAGCAACAUCCGACAGUCAGGCCUCUGCUGACUUUGAUUUGCAGGAGAAGAAAACAUUUUCAAAUUUGGCCCGAUGUUAAAUAGGUAUAACAUUUACGAUUGUCGGCCCCCGACCUCAAUUUGUAUGUGUGCCCGUCUUUACACCUACUGUUUAACAUACAUAUAUAUAUAUAUAUAUAUAUAUAUAAUAUGAAAGGUUACAGCAGCACAACAUAGAUAUAAUUUAGCAUUAAGCUAGCAGACUGAAAGGCUAAGCUAGGUGGUUGUUUGAAAUGCACAAGGUAUAUCUAUACAACCCCAAUUCCAAUGAAGUUGGGACUUUGUGUUAAACAAAUAAAAACAGAAUACAAUGAUUUGCAAAUCAUGUUCAACCUAUAUUUGAUUGAAUACACUACAAAAUUUCAUGUUCAAACUGAUAAACCUGAUUGUUUUUAGCAAAUAAUCAUUAACUUGGAAUUUUACGGCUGCAACUCGUUCCCAAAAAGCUGGGACAGGUGGCAAAAAAAGACUGAGAAAGUUGCGGAAUGCUCAUCAAACACCCGUUUGGAACAGGUGAACAGGCUAAUUGGGAAUAUGUGGGUGCCAUGAUUGGGUAUAAAAGGAGAUUCCCAUUCACAAGCAAAGAUGGGGCCAGGUUCACCUCUUUGUGAACAAGUGCGUGAGAAAAUAGUCGAACAGUUUAAGGACAAUGUUCCUCAACGUACAAUUGCCUAAUAUAACACUUCACAAAAAAAAAUUACAUAUCCUUUAUCCUCUGUGUAGAAUGACUAAUAUUAGCGCCGUACUGAUGAGUUGAGAGAAGAGUUAAGGUGUUAUUUUGAAUCUCAGUUGGGACAUUGGCUGCUGCAUGAAUUCUAUUUAAUCAUGUUAUUCUCUUUCGACAGCAAACCAAUUUCUUUUAUUUAAACUCCCAUUUCAAUUAUUCGGUUAGACUUCUUUAGACAAGGACUUGAGACUACAUCCUUAAUUGAUCACAAUGCCCAUCCCUAGAAGUGGUAUUACCUUUUCAAAGAAAGUACAGGGUCUCCUUGUUUUAAGACUCUCCUGACAAACGACAUUUCGAAGUUAGCAAAAGUGCACCGCGUAAGAACACGUUGUUAAUGCUGUAUUUACUGUUGUUGCUGUUUUUUUGUUUUUUUUUCAUUCAUUUGAUUGUUUUAUAUUUAUGGCCUACAGGUGUUUUUCAUACAGUAUCAACUGUAAUUCUGACUUUACUGUUGAGCGAUAGACUACGGCGCAUUCAGAACUGAACUUGGUCAUAAACCGAUCUCCAUCUGUACUGUGCAAAGUCAGCCUUUUAUGCAAAAUAAUUUAUAUUGUCUGCCAUACACUGGAAAGUAGUGGUGUGCGAUACUGCAAGAUUCGGUAUCGAUUCAAUGCCAAAUAAAUGCAGGGCCAGUAUUGCCAAUACAGAUAACGAUACCAAUUCUCAUAUUUUCUGAAAAUUCAGGCGAAUGUGUCACUCAAUGGCUAAAAUUGCAAUGAAUUUUCUUAACUUGUAACUGUUUUUGUGAUUUUAUUUUUUUAUUUUUUUGGCCUUUGGCUUAGGAAUUAGUUAGGGGGCAGAAUUUUGGUCAAGUUUAUAGCUAAAUAGAAACGACUUUUCAUUCCAUAAAAAGCACAGUUUACAAAAAUAAACAAAAUAUACCAAAAAAUACAAGUUCUCCCUUCGUUUCACUAUUUUUCUGUAUUUGAAAAAAAAAAAACAGUGUACAAAAUGAUCACUGCACCAAAUGUUGUUAAAAAAAAAAGUAAACAAAUUGUUGUUUUAAAUUUCAAGUACAAUAUUUGUAUUGCAAAUUCAAUACAAAAAUAAUAUAUCUCCCCUUCAGUGUAGUUCUUUUCUGGCUUUAGUGAAAAUACACUCAAUAAAUAAAAGUGUAAAUGACUAAAGUACCCCAUGAAAUCUGUAAUUGUAAAGAAAUAUUGGCCUAUAUUUGAUGAAAAACUGCAAUAUCCAUCUUAUCACACUGGUAUCAGUCGAUAUCGAUAUCAACAUCGAUAUUAUCUGUAUUUGGAUCGAUCCGCCCACCACUGCUGGAAAGCACAAUUUUUUUUCUCAUGGAGUGCCAUAAUGAAACCUGUAUUUAUGUAAAAAUAAUUUGUAAAAAAAAAAAAACGUAAUAUGACUCAAGAGGGAUGAGAAGGGAUGUUUUGUGUAUAUUUUUCAAGUGUUCACGUCCCACCUGAGCUCGAUGGACGUGUCGUGGUACUGUACCUUUUACCGAGCUUUUACGACUUAACGCUCGUGUGUGUUUGUCGUGUUCACCCGCUUGUCUCGGUUUUGUUUUGCCAAACGUGUGCAGCCUCCGUGUGUGCAAAUGUGUCGGUAUCGCAGAGGGAUGCCGUCUCUCUGAUGUCCUUAAAAGAACAUGCACACAUCGUAUGUGGGAUCAGUACGUGUCGUGUUUCGCCAUUACAACCCAAUUGAAAUGGGUAAAUCAAAGUUGUUGUUUUUUUAUUUUUGCCAAAUAACUGUAUUUUGCCAAAUGUUGUAUUUGAACGCUAGAUGUCAACUAAUGUCAAAGAAAAAAUAAAGAGUGAAACAUU